AUGGCCGUGGCAUCAUCCAAAACGAUUGUGACGAUUGCAGGGGCUGCCGCCAUUACAUCGUUUCCGGCCGCCACGUACGGGAGAGUUGUACCUUAUUCGCAACGACAGCUGCUUCUCCAUGACCCUCGACAGCCGUAUAAGCUCCACACAGAUGGAGAGAUCCCUGAACUCAGAUUCGGAGAUUUAUUAGUUGAGGUGCAUGGCAUUGGCUUGAAUCCAAUUGACUGGAAAGCAGCAGAUUUUGGACUUGUGCUUCCAUCACCGCCUUGUAUGAAUGGACGUGAGUUUAUAGGCAAGAUUAUAGCCUCAGAAGUCGACCAGAGAUGCAGCCUCCAGCCGGGAGAGUGGGUCCUGGCUGUAUCUACAGAUUAUCGUGACUUUAGAAAAUCCGCUUUUCAAGAGUAUGCCAUUGUCUGCUGCUACAAUGCCAUCCGGAUUCCCAAACACGUCGACCCGUUUAAAGUCGCCCCCAUGGGCGUUGCCUUUGUCGCAGCAGGUCUCUCUCUUGGAGUUUGCCUAGGUGUAACCUUUACGAAGGGUCCCAAAAAGCGAGAGUUUAAUCUUCUUGAGAAUGCGAGAUGGUGCCCAGAAGAUGUGCCUGACGAUGUCGCGGAGGAGGUCUUUGAUGCCCUGGCGCCUUGCUAUCAAGCUCAGCCCGGCGAAUGGCUAUUAGUCUAUGGAGCAUCUACCGUUACUGCACAGAUCGUCAUUCAGUUGGCGAAAAUAGGAGGCUUGAAAGUAGCAGGCGUUGCUGAUCUCGGCAAACAUCGGCAACUCCUACAGUCUCUCGGAACUGAUGUUUUAAUUGAUCGUAGCGACCUCGACCAAGCCAAGCGCGAUAUCAAACGGCUCAUCCCUGGCUCACUAAGAUUCGCCAUCGACACAGUUGGACCAGAAACUGCAGCAUGGUGCCAACAAGUUCUUGCGGAACGCACAAGCUCUCGAUACUGUUCCCCAGGAAAAGAGACGCCGACAAAUCCGCCACCCGUUGAUCCAGCUACGAGAGGGGGUGGCAGCAAACUGAGUCACCUCGUUGCCAUGACAGGCCGUCCUGAAAAGCUCAAUCCCAACGUCCAGGUGCAUACGGUACCUAUCAAGCUCUUCCACACAAGCCAAUACGUCGGUGGCCACUUGAGUAAAUGGCUAUACGAACUUCUUGAUACCAACAAGCUACGGCCUCCAGAGGUUGAGUUUGUACCAGGUGGACUUGACGCCAUUAACGGUGCGUUGGAAAGACUAAGACAGGGUAAAACCUCAGGGAAGAGGAUAGUGGUUCGUAUGAAGGAACCCGAGACGAAGAUUGAACUUUUUCCUUAG